AUGAGCUGCUCCCCGUUCCUUGCAGUGGGCUCCAGCGAUGAUGUCAACACAAGCUCGGUGACAGAGGAGAUCAUCUCACAUCAAGACCACAAGCAGCCCCUCUCUUUUCUUCCUUCUCUUCCUGGUCUUCACUUAUCUUUACCUUCCCCAGCCUCUCCUCCAUCAGAUCAGGCCUACCUGCAAGCAGGAGCCAUUUUCCAGCAGCUGCGUACAGAAAAGCCAGUAACGCAACAGCUUCUCCAUUAUGGGAAGAAGACAGACACACCGCUACCAGAGAGAGGAGACAAGCCCACUCAGAGACAGGCCUACCAACUCGCCUUCAACACACUUAAGUACCAUGAUUUACUGGAGGAAAUCAUUGCUGACAGCUGCUUCAACACUUCUCAGCAUAUUUCCAGUGACUUGUUGCCGUUGGCGAUGGUGAUGCUGUUUGACUUCCAACACCGAAGGUUUAUGUUGCGUGAACGUUCAACAAAGGAAAGGGAGGAGCUUUUCCAGGAAGUUAGGGACCUGGAGAACAGUCUGCAUAGGUGUAAAACCAAGCUGGCAGCAUCUUUAGCUCGCUGCAGAGUUAAACAGAAUCUGCAGAGCGUCUCUUGUUUUCUCUCUGGUCCUGUAAGGACUAAACAGCACAGAGCAAAACAACUGCCACUCUAUGCGUGGGUCAAUACCCUCAAGACCAGUGUUGAGGAAGUGUGUAAAGCGUUCCAAAGCACGGGCUUGUGUGAAGUGAAAAUCAUGACUGACCUCAGAGAGGCAACGUUCUGCAGAGACCCUCUCUGUCCAGACACACUCGUCUUCCCUCAACCGCUUCGUGCUCUGCUAGAGCGCAGCAGCCUCACAAGUACACGUGCACUUAACAUACAGGACAGGAGUGUGUGUGUGGCAGUGAGCACGUUACGCCCCCUGCUGUUUGAAAACGGUGACGUCCUGGUGGUGGGGUCUUUCUCAGCUGUGACUUUGGCUCACAUAUCUGUGGCGGCCGCUGACCGCUCUGGCCGAGUGUUGGUCUGUGGUGCUGAUCUCCCUCCUUUACAGAUAGAGGAGAUACAAGAACUACUUACACAAAUGGAAGUCAGAAAUGUGCGAGUCUUGUCAGAAACCUUCUUUGGUCUGGAUGAGUGGAACACCACCAUCCAGCGAUUAAAGGUCAUCAUAGUUCUGCCUCAGUGUACGUCCUCCGCGCUCAACGACCCUGUGCCAACCAUCCACAGUGAACAUGGAGACUGGGCUCUGCUGCCAGACUUGUGUCACAGUUCUGUAUCCCGGAGCAAAAUACACACAAUGGCCGCCCAGCAGGCACGACUGCUAGCACAUGCUCUCUCCUUCCCAAAGGUUCAGACAUUGGUCUACUGCACACGCUCAGUGUAUCCUGAGGAAAAUGAACAACUGGUGAAAAGGGUUUUAGAGAAAACACACACCCACCCCAAACUGCUGCCCUUCAGGGUGAACGGUCCGAUUUUCCCCGACGAUUCCCAGUCAGGCAAAGACUCAACAGACUCCAAAUUCUUCAGGCUCAAACCUUCUCAGUUCACCAACGGCUGCUUCAUCGCACGGCUGUCCCGACAGGCGGAUCCCACUAAGGUAGAAACAGUCCACGACGUGCUGGCAAGGGCAGCAGCAAAGGGCCUCCUGGGUGGAAUAAUUCCUGAACAAUCAAAAACCACUAAAAAGGGGAAAAGCAAGAAGAACCGCCUCGCCUCACCCAGUAGCAAACCUUCAUCCCCUUCAAGCCAGGAGAGACAGAGAGAAGAGCUUGUUAAUGGAGAAGAUCCAGUUGCACCGUCAGAACAUGAAGAGAAGAAAUGUGAAUGUGGUGAGGAGGGAGAGGAGGAAAAGGAGAAAGAUAAGGGGGGAAAGGGAGGAAAGAAGACCAAAGGGCUUAAAGGAAGUAAGCGAAAGGUCAAACGGCGACCAAAACAAAGCCAUGAGAAGACAUUGGCAAAAAGAAAAGUCAACCAAUCACAUCUCAAGAGGCGUCUUACAAAAAGUAUACCGAGAAGAAUACCUCGUCUUACACUGACAUUGAUGUCUUCUGCAAAACCCUCCAAACACUUGUCUCCAAUCACAGCCCUGGCGCACAAGCUAAGUAAAAAUGCAACGAUUACAUCACAGAAGACGGUCUUUAGCACCUUUUCCCCAGCCAGUCCUGCUCCACCUGCUGCUCCCCAUGCAGCCUCCAAGCAGGGGCAGAAACACAAAACUGAAAAGACUGAAAAGACUAAAAGAGCAGCGAAAACACUGAAGGAUGCAGCUACACCAGAAAGUCUGUUUGAGGACAGAGGAAAGGUGGUCAGGCCUAAAAUAGAGGUGGUGACAGAGAAUGUGUUGAAGCCCGCUGAUUUGGUCUUGCCACCCAUUUCAUCCCCUUCCUCCAGCUGUGUAAGCAGCAGGAGUGGUAGUUCUCUGUGUCAGCGUCCGUCCCGGGCCUCCCACUCCCAGCUCCCCCAAACAUCUGCAUCCUCCUCGGUCUCUCUGCCUGGAUUAUACAAAGAUCAUCCUCACUGAAAUUAUUGGCAUGU